AUCAGGCAAGUUGGUCCAGGCACACUUGACACGCCUUUGACAGCCUUUACUAUUAGCUAAACCCAAAAUUUUAGGAAUAUUGCUUACAUAUUUGAGAUUAUUUAGAUACUCCCGAAAUUCUUGGUGAAUGCAUUGCCCAAACUAUGCCCUACAGCAGCAGCUAAGCACUGAGUGUUAAGGACCAACGUCAGCCAUGCUACUGAAUGAUGCCAGCAGGGAUCGUCCCAUCGGCCAGGAUAUUCGGCGCCUAACAGACGCCGAGCUGUCCAGCAUGUGCAAAGUCUACGGUCUCGUUGUGGAACCCAUCAAUUUCCAAAAUAGACGCAUGACAGAGCGCAAACUCCAUAUAGAAAUGAUCACGGAGCGGGCCAAGUACCGGGCCCAUCAGCAGUUUGCCCUGGAGUGCAACAUGCGAGUCUCCGGGUACAUGCGUCAAGUGCCGCCGCCGCUGCCAGACUACGGUUUUAUGGACGUACUGCCUCAGAACUCCUACCAACCCAUGCCACCCCAGACGUACUGGCCCUCGCCUGGCACCAAUUUGCGCAGCCCACCUCCGCCCAGCUGGAGUAUCCAACAUCGUCGGGAUCGUCCGGAUCCGGUGCUCGAGCCACAUCAGUACUUGACUUGGAGGCAGGAGAACCGGACAAGCAACCAAAGGACUGCAGAUUCUGAAAACAAGUUCUUGGGCUUCAAGAUGCCCUUUUCCUUAGGCGCUGCCAGGGAUAUCAGGUCAAGGAUUACCAACUCUAUCAAGCGCUUUCAGGGCGGAGCUGCGGAGAACGCGAAGGUGGGGAUCCAGAAUCAGCCAGUGCAGAAAAAAGGAGAGAAUGUCGUACAUUUCGAUGGGAAGUACUCGCAUAGAUCCAACUAUGCUAAGUAUCCAGAGGAUUAUCAAGAGGAUUAUCAACAGGAUUAUCAAGAGGAUUAUCAAGAGAAUUAUCAGGAGGAUUCCAAUGAGGAUAGUGUCGAAAAACCAACCAGCUCAGACCGUGAACGGGAUACGCUGUCUGGCACUUCAGAAGACGAAUUCCAGGAAGUUGGGAGGAAGGACCUCAGUCCCAAAAACUCCUAUCCGUAUCCCUUCAAUUUCCGGGAACUUCAGAGACAGAUUGUUGAUGCGGAAACCGAAAAUGAGCUACGCGACUACAAGAGUUUCAUGAGCCUGUCGAGUGUUUACCACGAGCUCGACACCCAGGUGCCAAUGGCACGAACGACACCAUCUGUGGACUCCAAGCCCCGCUUCAGCUGGUGGUGGCAGUGGAGGGCGAAGGCGGGGGACGAGCGGAUUCCGGAGGCGGAGCGGACCACCGAACAGGAUCUGCUGCAGGAGCGCGAGUUGAAGACCAUCAACUACCUGAGCGAGGCACCUGCGCGUCUGGAUGAUGGUGUGGUGGAGCUGAUGGGCAGGGUGGAGCUCCGUGAUGACAGCGAGGAGGAGGUGGUGCUGGGAGACACUCAAGUAGCACAGGGAUCCCGUUCCUGGAUGGGCUUCUGCCGGCACAUCUUCCACCUGCUCUGCUGCGAUCAUCACGGAAAUCUCGAUCCGGAAAAGCUCAGCUGCAGCUUCGUGUGCUGCUGCAUGGCCUUCAGUGUCUACAUGGGCUUCAAAAUGCUGCGGUAUUGACAUAAUGUGGGCAAUUUCAUAGGUGUUUGUGUAUCCAGUAUUCAGGAAAUUAUGCAUAUCUCAGUUGAGAAAAGGAUCCAAGUUGUAUUCAUCGUAAUCAUCUGCUUUUGUUUUCUUAUGUUGAGAUACGAACCGUAUUCUUAAUACACUACAGUGCAAUAAUACAUGCAGGUCAAGUUCA